AUGUCGCUCGCCCGGGCGGCCGCGAGGGCCGCGCGUGGCGCUCUAGCGGCGGACCUGUGGGGCCGCAACUCGCAGGCGGGGCUCAGGUGCGCGCAGACGGCGCUUGCGGCGGACACCCUGAAUGAGCGUGUGCUCAAGGCCAAGUACGCGGUGCGUGGAGAGAUCGUGACGCUCGCGAAUAAGAUCCAGAAGGAUCUGGACGAGGGCAACGGCAGCUACCCGUUCGACAAGGUCCUGUACUGCAACAUCGGCAAUCCGCACCAGCUCGGCCAGCAACCCAUCACCUUCUACCGUCAGGUCCUGACCAUUAUGGAGUCCCCCGACAUGGCGGACUGGCCGGGCGUGCGCGACCAGGUUCCCUCCGACGUCAUCGCGCGCGCGCGCCGCUACCUCGCCGGUAUGCGCGGCAUGGGCGCGUACACGGACUCGCGGGGCGCGCUCGUACUCCGGGAGAGCGUCGCGCGCGGCAUCGCGGAGCGCGACGGAUACGACGCGGACCCCGACGACAUCUUCAUGACCGACGGGGCGACCGCGGGCGUGCACAUGGCGAUGCGGCUCCUGCUGCGCGACCGCUCGGACUCCUUCCUCGUCCCCAUCCCCCAGUACCCGCUGUACUCCGCGUGCAUCGAGCUGUACAACGGCACGCUGGCGCCGUACUACCUGAACGAGACGGGCGGGUGGCGCAUGGACGCGCGCGGGCUCGCGGAGGCGGUCAAGACCGCGCGCGAGAAGGGAUCGAACCCGCGCGCCAUCGUCGUGAUCAACCCAGGCAACCCGACGGGCAACGUGUUGUCGUACGAGGACCAGCGCGCGAUCGUGGACUUCUGCGCCCGCGAGAACCUCGUGUUGAUGGCGGACGAGGUGUACCAGGCCAAUAUAUACUCCCCAGACGCGCGCUGGCAGUCUUUCAAGAAGGUCUUGCGCGACAUGGAGGCGGACGGGUCGCUCGGGCAGGGCACGCCGGAGUCCCCCGCGUCCCCCGCGAUGAUGAGCAUGAUGAGCACCAGCAAAGGCUUCUACGGGGAGUGUGGCAGGAGGGGGGGGUAUGUCGAGGUGGUGGGGGUGUCCCCGGAGAUCAAGGCCGAGAUGUACAAGCUCCAGUCGAUCUCCCUCUGCGCCAACACGUCCGGCCAGGUCGUGAUGGCGUGCGUCAUGGACCCCCCGCGGCCCGGCGAGCCCUCGCACGCGGUGUACGAGCGGGAGCGCAGCGCUAUUCUCGGCUCUCUCGCGCGUCGCGCCAACAUGGUCGCCGAUGGGCUCAACAAGCUCGAGGGCGUAUCGUGCCAGGUCGUCGAGGGCGCGCUGUACGCCUUCCCGACCAUCACGCUGCCGCCACGGGCAGUCGAGGAGGCGAAGAAGGCCGGGAAGACCCCGGAGGGGUUUUACUGUAUCGAGCUGCUCAAGAACACAGGCGUCGUUGCGGUGCCGGGCGACGGGUUCGGGCAACAGGAGGGCACGGCGCACCUGCGGACCACGAUCCUGCCGGACGAGCGUGACAUCGCGACUGUGCUGGAGUCGAUGACUGCCUUCCACAAGGCCUUCAUGGACAAGUGGAGGUGA